AUGAGUCUUCUUGAUCGCCCAUUGACCCCGUCCAGGUUCAUAGGUUUACGUCUUACAAAUUGGUUGUACAUAUCUAAGUUUAAAUUGAAAUUUAAGACUAAAAUUGUAGGGCUUUACCCCGAAGGGAGCCCUUCCAGAAAUUCUCGAGGGCACAAGGCUAACCCAGGCCCAGGAGGGGGUUUGGAAAUAGUUUUCAACCAGCAAUAG